AUGCUUGGGAGAUAUGUUAAUAAUCUCAAUAAAAGAACUCACCGGUUCAGCAAUUUCAGCCGUACAUAUAAGAUCUGCGUUGUUGGCAGCGGACCGGGCGCAUUCUAUACUGCUCAGGAAUUACUGAAGAGAAGCGGAGCUGAAAUCGAUAUUUUUGAGCGAUUGCCUGUACCAUUUGGGCUUGUUCGAUACGGCGUAGCUCCUGAUCAUCCUGAAGUCAAGAACUGCAUAAAUGGCUUUACUAGUCUGAUGCAAACACGUCGAUGCCGUUUUUACGGAAACGUUAACGUUGGAAAGGAUAUUUCUGUUGAGCAGCUAAGAUCAGCUUACAAUGGAGUCGUACUGGCAUACGGAGCUGAAAAUAAUCGCAAACUGGGCAUACCGGGAGAGGAUAUUUCUGGUUGCUAUGCCGCCCGGGAAUUUGUUGGCUGGUACAAUGGAAUACCGAGUAUGGCUGGCUUGAAACCUGACCUAAGUUGCGAGAAUGUAGUAAUAUUUGGACACGGAAAUGUUGCGUUAGAUGUCGCGAGGAUGUUACUGUCUCCGGUAGCUGUAUUGGAGAAAACGGAUAUAUCUGGAGCUGCUCUAGAGACGUUAAUAAAUAGUAAGAUAAGAAAUGUAUAUAUCAUCGGACGUAGAGGACCGUUACAGACUGCGUUCACCAUCAAAGAAUUUAGAGAGUUAACAAAGCUACCAAAUUGUCAUGGGCACUUAGAUAAAAAUGUAUUUACUGAUCUAAAUAGCAUUAUUCCAGAUCUAGCAAGGCCUCGUAGAAGGUUAACUGAAUUAAUGAUGAAAACAGCUCUCUCUGAAAAAACAGCUGAAUUAUGUCAACAAACUGGUUCACAGCACUGGCACAUGAAAUUCAAUAGAAGUCCUACGGAAGUGCUAUCAUCGCCGAAUUGCAGAAGAGUUAGUGGGAUUCGGAUGGAAAUAAAUAAAUUAGAGAAAACUUCUGAAGCCGUCCGAGCAGUCGGAUCAGGAAAAUUUGAAGACCUUGCUUGUGGUUUGGUUAUUUCGAGUAUUGGCUAUAAGAGCAUCGCUAUAGACGAAAAUGUUCCGUUCGAUGCGGUCACAGGAAUAAUACCUAAUGUAAAAGGGCGCGUUGUUAGCAAAAGACUUUACUGUAGUGGAUGGGUUAAGCGUGGCCCUAUUGGAGUAAUUGCUAGUACUAUGAAGGACGCUUUUGAGACUGCUGAAAUGAUUUCGGAAGACAUGAAGCAAGAUAAUUUGCCUACCAGCUCUUGUUUUGGAUUUGAAGAAAUUGCAAAGUAUUUAGAUCAAAAAGGAGUAAGGUAUGUAACUUUUGAAGACUGGAAUAAAAUUGAUGCUCACGAAAAAUACCUUGGGAGGAUGAAAAACAAGCCUCGAGAAAAAUUAACUUCUGUUGUUGAGAUGCUAAAUGUUAUUGAUACGCCUUAG